AUGGCCGCCGCCGCCGCCGCCGCUAAGGUCGCCGCCCACCUUGCAGAGCUCCUUCAAGCCUGCAUCACCAGCAGGGCCCGUCUUCCAGGGAGAGCUAUCCACGGGAAGGUACUCGCCGGUGGCUUAUCGGGGGACACCUUCCUCCAGAACCGGCUUGUUGAACUCUACUCCAUAUCUGGCUCCUUCUACGACGCCGGCAGAGUCUUCCGCUCGAUCCCCUCCAAGAACGCCUACUCCUGGAACGCUGCCAUAUCCGCUGCCUGCAGAAGCGGCGAUCUCGCCGGAGCUUGCAACCUGCUCGAGGAAAUGCCUGAGAGAAAUGCGGUCUCGUGGAACACCGUGAUCUGCGGUAUGGUGAGGGCUGGAGUAGAGGAGAAGGGCCUGGAUCUGUGCGGAAUGAUGAUGGAGGAGGGAUUUGUCCCCACGGAGUUCACCCUCGCCAGUGCCAUGAGCGCCUGCGGGAGCUUGGAGAAGAUCGGUCAUGGCGGGGCGUGGCAUGCCCUCGCUGUGAAGAUCGGCAUGGAGGGGGACCCGUUGAUCGAAAACGCCUUGAUCGGAAUGUACAGCAAGUGCGGCGGCUCUAGCGCCGCGGUGAGGAUAUUCAAUGGGUUGCGCCGCCCCAACGAGGUCGCCUUCACGGCCAUGAUGGGCGGGCUGGUGAAGGACGGAUCCAUGGCGGAAGCUCUGCUGCUGUUCUCGAACAUGAGGAAGAAGGGGAUCCACGUCGACUCCGUCGCCGUCUCCUGCGUUCUGGGGGCGUGCGCGAGGAGCGCCGCCGAAGAGAGGUGCUUCUUCGGCCGACAAGUCCACGCCCUAGUGACCAAAUCUGCGUUUGACUCCGACAUCCACGUAGGGAAUUCUCUGGUUGACUUUUACGCCAAAUCCGGCGACAUUGGCGACGCACAGAAGGCGUUCACCUCCAUGCAUGAGCGGAACAACGUCUCUUGGAACAUCCUCAUCGCCGGAUACGGCAACCAGGGCGAGAUCGAGAAGGUCAAACACUUGAUUGACCAGAUGCAAGCUCUCGGCUUUAAGCCCGACGAGGUCACCCGCGCCAGCCAGCUCAGCGCGUGCGCCAAAUCCGGGGACGUUGACUCCGCCCGCCAGGUCUUCGACAGAAUGCCCAGCCCCAGUUUGACCUCAUGGAACACCAUCUUAUCCAUUUACUCCCAGCGAGAGAUGCACCUGGAGGCUCUGGAACUGUUCAAGAAGAUGCAGCAGCUCUUAGGUGUUCCUUUUGAUCGGACCACCAUCGCCGUCGCCCUCAGCGCCUGCUCUGGAACUGGGCUCCUCCCUUUUGGAAAGCAGAUCCAUGGAGCUUCCACGAGGAGAUUCCUCCAUGGAGAUCUUUUCGUCUCCAGUGGGCUUGUGGACAUGUACUCCAAAUGCGGCCUCAUCGGUCUGGCCCGCCAAGUCUUCGACAGAAUGCCAGAAAGAGAUGUCGUCAGCUGGAACUCCAUGAUCGCGAGCCUUGCUCUCCACUCCUGUUGUAGAGAAGCCUUUCACCUCUUUCACCAGAUGCUGGCGGCGGGCUUCCGCCCCACGGAGUACUCCUACGCCAGCGUCAUCAGCUCCAGCGCCAGAUUAUCCUCCCUCUCUCAGGGGAGGCAGCUCCAUGGUCAGACGUUGAAGGACGGCCUCUGCAACGACGUCUUCGUUGGAAGCUCCCUGAUCGACAUGUACGCCAAGUGCGGCGGCGUGGAGGAGGCCCGCGUCUUCUUCGACCACAUGCCGAGCAGGAACAUCGUCUCCUGGAACGAGAUGAUCCACGGCUACGCGCAGAACGGCGGCGGCGCCGCUGCCGUGGAGCUGUUCGAGGAAAUGCUCCAGAGAGGCGGCGAAGUCAGGCCCGAUGGGGUCACCCUCAUCGCCGUUCUCACCGGUUGCAGCAACUCCGGCAUGGUGGACAAGGCGACGGAGCUUCUCUAUUCCAUGGAGAGAGACCUUGAUCUGGUUCCUCUCGCUGACCACUACGCCUGCGCUGUGGACGCUCUGGCUCGCGCCGGCCGCUUCAGCGAGGUGAGAGCUCUGAUUCAGAAGAUGCCCCAUGAGGAGGAUCCCAUCAUAUGGGAGGUCUUGCUCAGCGCCUGCAGAGUCCAUGGAGAAGAGGAGAUGGGGAGAUUCGCCGCCGAGAGGCUCUUCCGGCUGGACCCGGUCAACCCCUCGCCUUACGUUCUUCUGUCCAACAUCUACGCCGCAAAUGGACGGUGGGACCAGGUGGCGGCCAUCAGGAGGAAGAUGGUUGACCGGGGAGUUGCCAAGAAUCGCGGGUACAGCUGGAUCGAUGAUAAGGUCAGCGUCACGGCCUUCAUGGUCGACGAUGAUGUGAGAGCUGUGGCUGAUCGGAGCGGAUGA